CGGAGCUGGUUUUUCUUAAACCGAAAGCACCGUAAGUACAGGAAAGGUCCCUAGGCCUGACUACUCUCGGUAAAGUUUAGAAAGACGAAAACAAUAGGAAACAGGGCUAUGUUUCGAAUGUAGAUUUUUUUUUCUUUAACUACUGUAGCCUAAUUCCACCAUGGCAACUCUGCAUUUUGAGGAACUGCGGAUGACUGGGGCUGGCAAAUCUAUCGCCGUGCUGACAAGUGGAGGAGAUGCACAAGGUAUGAAUGCAGCUGUCCGUGCAGUGACUCGGAUGGGAAUAUAUGUUGGAGCCAAAAUGUAUCUUAUCCAUGAGGGAUACCAAGGACUGGUAGAUGGGGGUGACAACAUCAAGCGAGCUCACUGGCACAGCGUCAGCAACAUCAUUCAGCUGGGCGGGACGGUGAUUGGAAGUGCCCGCUGCAAGGACUUCACCACGCAGCAGGGGCGCCUGGCGGCGGCCUUCAACCUGGUGCAGCGCGGCAUCACCAACCUGUGCGUGUGCGGCGGCGACGGGAGCCUCACCGGCGCCAACAUCUUCCGCACCGAGUGGAGCGACCUGCUGGCGGAGCUGGUCACUAAGGGGAGGAUCACGGACGAGGCGGCCCAGAAGCACAGCCACCUGAACAUCGUGGGGCUGGUGGGCUCCAUCGACAACGAUUUCUGCGGCACAGACAUGACCAUCGGGGCCGACUCCGCCCUGCAGCGGAUCAUGCAGGUUGUCGAUGCCAUCGUCACCACUGCUCAGAGCCACCAGCGGGCGUUCGUUCUGGAGGUCAUGGGUCGACACUGCGGGUACCUGGCUCUGGUCUCUGCCCUGGCCUCGGGCGCAGACUGGCUCUUCAUCCCGGAGAACCCGCCGGACGAGGGCUGGGAGGACAAUUUCUGUGCCCGUCUGGGGGAGUGCCGGGAUGCGGGGGGGUCCAGACUCAACAUAGUGAUCGUCGCAGAGGGAGCCAUGGACAAGCAGGGCAACGCCAUCACCUCCAACUACAUAAAGGACUUGGUGGUGCAGAGGCUGGGGUACGACACGCGAGUGACCGUACUGGGUCACGUACAGCGGGGUGGCACGCCCUCUGCCUUCGACAGGGUGCUGAGCAGUAGGCUGGGCGUGGAGGCGGUGUUAGCUCUGUUGGAGGCCGAGCCGGAUACCCCUGCCUGUGUCAUUGGACUGUCAGGCAACCAGGCUGUGCGCCUGCCACUCAUGGACUGUGUGCAGCUGACUAAAGAGGUGCAGAAGGCCAUGAAUGAGAAGAGGUUCGAGGAGGCCAUCCAGCUGCGUGGGAAGAGCUUUGAGAAUAACUGGAACACUUACAAACUGCUGGCCUAUCAGAAGUCUGCUCUGUCCAAGAGUGAAUUCUCCAUGGCGAUCCUUAACGUGGGCGCCCCCGCAGCGGGGAUGAACGCCGCGGUGAGGUCGGCGGUGAGGAUGGCGGCCGCUUGCGGUCACAAGGUGUACGGUGUCAACAACGGCUUCGAGGGACUCGCCAAGCAGAUGGUGAAUGAGAUUAACUGGAAUGACGUGAGCGGAUGGACCAGCCAAGGCGGCUCCCUGCUGGGGACUAAAAGAACUCUGCCUGAUGCAUUCAUGGAGCAGAUAAUAGCAUCUAUCAGAAAGUUUGAAAUAAAGUCCUUGCUGAUCGUUGGAGGAUUUGAGGGGUACGCGGGCGUGCUGCAGCUGAUGGAGGCUCGCGAUCGCUACGCCGAGCUCUGCAUCCCCAUGUGCGUCAUCCCCGCCACCAUCAGCAACAACGUUCCCGGCACCGCCUUCAGCCUGGGGGCGGACACGGCCGUCAACGCCGCCAUGGAGUGUUGUGACAAGAUCAAGCAGUCUGCCACAGGCACCAAGAGGAGGGUGUUUCUGGUCGAGACCAUGGGCGGCUACUGCGGCUACCUGGCCACCACCACGGGUAUCGCCGUCGGCGCCGACAACGCUUACAUCUACGAGGAGCCGUUCGACAUCCACGACCUCGAGAGAAAUGUGGAACAUCUGUCGGAGAAGAUGAAGAAGGACGUUCAGAGAGGUCUAGUGCUAAGGAAUGAGAAAUGCCAUGAGCAGUACACCACCGAGUUCAUAUACAACCUGUACUCGGCUGAAGCCAAGGGCAUCUUCGACUGCAGGAUGAACGUGCUUGGACACUUGCAGCAGGGAGGCUCUCCCACGCCCUUCGACAGGAACUUUGGCACGAAGCUGGGCGUGAAGGCCGUGCAGUGGCUCACGGAGAAGAUGAACGAGGGCUACAGGAACGGAAGCGUGUUUUCCAAUAACCCGGACACGGCUUGCGUGAUUGGCAUGGUGAGGAAGAUGCUCAAGUUCAGCCCCGUGUCUGAACUAAAGGAAAUGACAGAUUUCGAGCACCGCAUACCCAAAGACCAGUGGUGGGUGAGCCUGCGCCACAUGUUGAAGAUGCUGGCCAAAUACCAGACCAGCUUCACCGAGUACGUCACCGGGCAGGUCGAACGCGUGACCCGCCGAACCCUCAGCAUAGACACCGGCUUCUGAGCAUUCAACCAGUGGCCAAAGUCUGACACUCCACUCGCCUGCACACCACCACCACGCGGAAUGUAUUCCUGUACCACAGCACUUAGGUUUAGCUUCCUCCUUUUCCAUCGUGUUUUGCUUGUAAAGGCAUUGGACGGCGAAACAGGAAAUGGAGGUACACAUCUGCACAUUUUGUUUGUUCCGCUAGGUUAUUUUGGACAAACUCACACUUUCUGAACAGCCAUUUAUUAUUAUUAUUAUUAUUAUUAUAUUUUAAAUGAUAUAUUAAAUAUUUUAAAGCAUUAUUCAGCUGGUAGUGAAUAAUAAUUUUUCUUAUUAUCCUUAGGAUUUUCCGACCAAAAAAGAAAUUUUUUUGUGCCUACAGUUUUGAACACGUUUUAAACACACAUUCCUACAGUGUAUCCCAGUUUGUAUUGUCAUCUGUGGCUCAACAACAUUAAUCAGCACAUUUAUUUAUUGCUAACUACUGAAUAUCGUGCUACUACUUUGGAAGUUGCAAUGAUUAUCCUGUAAACUGUUUCAUACCAGUGUCAUAAGUUAAAACUGAACAAAGCACUUGGCGUUUUUGGAAUAAGAAAAAAAAAUAUUUAUCAUGUUUCCUCCACCUCAGGGACUUUUUAAAAGAAGACUACUAAGAAUAUCUUCUAAAUUUCAGCGAUGUUCUGAAGCAAUGUGGAAAUAUUUAGCUGCUGCAUUGUCUUAUAAAUGUUUAAAGUUUAAGUCAGACAUGGUCUCUGAAACCAACAUAAAAUAGAAAUGGAAUUAGCAAUUAACUGCAGAACAAAGGACUAAAUUUGUCCUCUUGGUUACAAAAGUAACCAAUUUAUUAGUGCUAAAAAACCCACUGGUUGUACUAUUGUUGACACAUUUGUUUAUAGGUUUUUAAUGUCCCCAGUAGCACUAUAGAAAUUGUGUCCACAGCUCUCAACCAAAGUAACAGCAGUGAUGCUCCCCGCUAGAAGAUUAAAAGACUAAAAAUCAUUGCUGGGACAGUGC